GCUAACGAGGCAUUGUCUAUACAGUGAUUCGCUCCAACUAAGAAGCAGAGCUGAUAUUAAAACUUUGCCGUUGAUUUUUUCUUUACUGGAGAAAGAGAUAGCUGUACGAACAGCUAUGACUGACCAACGACGCUGUGUUUUUCAGAAAUGUACAAAGACGUAAAUUAUUCGUCUUAUGCGUGAAUAAGUUUACUCUAUGGAUCGCACACUGCUUAAGGGAUGUGUUUAUUUGUCAUAUUUUAUCACCGCGAUUGUUUGAAGAAGAAGCUGUUGAAGUGUUAGUGCAGACGGCGACACACGGGAGCCCUUACAGAAAAGCCUACAUGGAUUUGGGUGUACUGGCUAUUUGUGUAAACAUAUCUUCUCAGAUCCUGAAGUACUCCUAGUGUAUUGAUGCAGCAGCGGUGUAACGGGUCCCUCUGCAGUCUGGGGCUGUCUUACUCCAACUGGUCAUUCAUAAUGCCUCCAAUCAGCUUCCAGGACCUCCCUCUCAACAUCUACAUGGUCAUCUUUGGGACUGGCAUCUUCGUCUUUGUCCUGAGUCUCAUCUUCUGCUGCUACUUCAUAAGUAAACUGAGACACCAAGCCCAGAGCGAACGGUUUGGAUACAAGGAGGUUAUAUUCAAAGGGGACACCAAGAAAUUAAAUCUUCAUGGGCAGACAUGUGCUGUCUGCCUGGAGGACUUCAGAGUGAAGGACGAACUGGGAGUGUUGCCAUGCCAACAUGCCUUUCACAGGAAGUGCCUGGUGAAGUGGCUGGAGGUCCGCUGCGUCUGCCCCAUGUGCAACAAGCCCAUCGCCGGCCGCCCAGGGCAGAGGCACAGCCUCGGGACGCUGCUGGACGAGCUGGUGUAGAGACACACCACAUCCACGCCACCGCCAGCGAACAAAUCAGACACGCCAGCAACGAGCAAGAACGCGGAACAACCCUCUGGGCGGAGACACCACACUGGCGACGAGUAAGGAGAACGCGGGAAGAACAGGCUGUCAAGAAAGCUUUUUAAAAAACUCUGGGAACUGAGGCUUACGAUGUGGACAGUGGGACUCAACCAAAUGAGAUUGAAAUGUUCCUCUGACAGCGGCAGUUCAUCUAGUUCAUAGAACACAUUUGAUGAACCUUGAGUCUGGAUGCAAGGGAUUAAAAAUAAAUGUAAUUUACAGGACGUUCCUGUUCAGGCUUGUGGACAUGAAGGAAAUUGGAACUAGUAUGGCAGUGCAAUUAUAUAUGUACAAUGACCAUGGGUAUGUAUGUACAUACGUAUUUCUGACUUAACUGUGAGCAAUUAUCAUCUGUGAAAAUUCAUUUGUUUAUUGAGACUGGCAUUUUUUUGUAAAAAAAUAUUUCCAAAUAAGAAUAUGUUGUGUGUACAAAAGUGAAACUGAAAAAGCAUUGGAAACACACACAGUGAUUUGUGGAGUGACCCCGGGGCCAAAUUUUCUUGGCACAUUUUCUGUAUGCAUUCACCAGGUCUCAGGGCGUGGAGGGCCACAAACCAGCUCUAUCUCACAAUGCACUGCCAUACGGUAAGCUUCACACAUUCCCGAAACAAACAGAAGUGUUACUGUUUCAGAAAAUAUAUGAAUCAAAGAAACCAAAUGCCUUGUGUUAACUUGAACAAAGUUAACAGUUAGCACAGUGGUAGUUGUGGGGAUAUAUACACUCAGUGAGCAGUUUAUUAGGUAUUGAUCAGACAUAUUUUUUUGACUUAUUGGUCUUCUGCUGUAGUAGCCAAUCCACUUGGAGGUUUGACACAUUGUGUGUGCAGAGUUGCUUUUCUGCACACACUGUUGUAAUGUGUGGUUAUUCUGUUACCUUCCUGUCAGCUUUGACCAGUCUGGCCUUUCUGCUCUGGCCUCUCAUUAACAAGGUGCUUUUGCCCACAGAACUGCUGCUCACUGGAUGUUAUUUGUUUCUCACACGAUUCUCUGCAAACUCAUAGAGACUGUGGUAUGAAAAUCCCAGGAGAUCAGCAGUUUCUGAGAUACUCAAACCACCCUGUCUGGCACCAAUAUUCAUUCCAUGGUCAAAGUAACUUAGAUCACAUUUCUUCCCCAUUCUGACAUUUGGUCUAAAAAUAUCUGAACCUCUUGACAUGUCUGCAUGCUUGUAUGCAUUUAGUUGCUGCCACAUGGUUGGCUGAUGAAAUAUUUGCAUUAACAAGCUGGUGUACAGGUCUACCUAAUGCAGUGGUCACUGAGUGCAUGUUUUCUUUGCUGUGGGGUAACUAGCAUUUACAUUUUUGGAGCUCUGGUAGAAAGCACUCUUGUCUCGUCAUUCACAGAAGAGCGACACAUUUGUGCAUUUCAAGGUCAAACAAUCCUUAUCUGUGAUUCCAGUCACUAUCCUUUCUGGUUGGAGUCUGGGCAAAUUGCACUAAAAACCAGCAUGAAAAUCAGAACUCCUACUUACUAAUAAGCAAAGGAGGAUGCUGGGGGGGAAAAAAUCCCAAAAGCUUUAGAAGUGAACCUGCCUUGUCAAUUUGACAGUUUGGUAUUGAAAGUUGCCAUGAUAGGAUAGGUCAGUCUGGUAGCUUAGCAAUGUGAUUCAUCUACACAAGAUAUUUGUGUAGAUUAAUUUGUGUGGGCCAGGCAACCACAGGCUCAGAGACCUGAUAUCAAUAGUUUUAAUUAAGCUUGAAUUUUACCCAGUAAGAUGGUGACCGGAGGGCAAAUCCAAGAAACUUUCUUCAGCUCACAGAAGUCAGUCUAAUACAUACAGUGCUGUGAAAAAAAGUAUUUUCCCCUUCCUUUAUUACUGCAUAUUUGUGUCACAGAAUGGUUUCAGAUCUAAAUGUAACAUAAGACGAAUGGAACCUGAGUGAACACAAGACACAUUCUUUAAUUUCAUUUGUUCAAUGUAAAAAAUGUUUAAUACCAAUGUACCCCCUGUGAAUUCUGUUUAUUGCACUGUAAGAAUAACCAAUAUUUCAGUGUGUCUGACUGUAAAAGAAAAGAUGUGCAGAUUGAGGAGUCUCCUAAUAAAGGUUAUCCAGGCACGAUGGAGGGAAGGUCUUGGAGGUAGGCGAACAGUCCCGCCACACGGAGCAGCGAGGAACAGGAUUGGUUCAACAGGGGCGACCCUUAGUGACGAAAAAAUGAGUGGUAAAAGUGCCUGACAUUAGUAACUCACACAUUUCUGUUACCUCUUCAUAUACAGCAUUAAAUGGAAAUAAA